CGCUGGUUCCUCAAUUAACCACUCGACAGACUUGCGACACUGUGGAUCUGUUGCACGACCACCAGUUGACUGGUCAGAUCCGAGAGCAAUUUUUCGUCUGUUCCAGUCUCGGUUAUUUAACGAGUGCAGUAUUGCAGUUACGAGGGGAUGAACAUCUAGGGAGAUGGGCCAUCCGCGCCCAGGACACAAAUGGAAUCAUGGCGGGAGCGAGGAUUCGUACCGGACUCGGACUCGGAGGACGGAUUCGACAGCCAGGAGACAGAAACGCUGAACAAUGGGGUCGAAGAUACGGUUGCAGAUCCUGGCGCUGCAGUGCCAGUUCAAACGGAGGAAAUCGCCCUUGAAUCCCCGGAUGAAGUACAGCAUGAGCUACAACCACACGCUUCUCAGAGCAACAAUGUCGAUCAUAAUCGUCUUGAGACCCCCAAGAAGAAUUCCGAUGAUUCUUUUGUCCAAAUUGAGAAGCAUGAGCAGCCUACUGGGACGUCAUCGAAGGUCGUUGACGAGGCUAAUGGACCAGAGGAACCGUUGCCUGGACUUCCUGAGGAUGAGGAGACCCCUCGUGCUAGUAUAAAGACUGACGACUCUCGCCUGCCUACGCAAUCUUCGGAAACCACCACUGCCAGCGCGCCACCUACCCCGCCAGCCAAGGAGAACGAUGAUAUAUGGGAUAUCCCAAGUUCAGAAGAUGCAUUACAUUUUGAUCACCGACUCUCAAGGAAACCGAUCCAUGUGUACUCGAGGACGAACCGUGACAGCGAGCCGCGGCAAAUCGAGGACCACAACAUCUCGACCCCCUCGUCGCCUCUGUCAUCCCUGGGCUCCCUUCGUUUGGACGAGGAUGGAGAAGGUGGCCAGGAACAACCAGAGGAGCCAAGGGAGGAUCCGAUCGAGAAAUUGCUACCGCCGCUCGAUAUCCCAGAAGAAAUCUUACGGGCAAUGUCGCCGCCCGCGCGGAGAUCACUACGGGAACGCAAAGCUAUCCAACUACAUCCGUAUAUGUUGGAAGACGCAAAGUACCGGAAUAUGAUGCGCGCAAGAGGCGUGAAGCCUGUGCGAGUGGCCCAGGAAGAAGCAGCUCGCGCUGCGGGGAAUGAAAGUCAGGGCAAGGAGUAUGUCGACGCUGCUGGAACGUUAGCAGAUAGUUUUGGGGCGGAUUUUGAGUUUCCACCUUCGUCGCCGGCAGAGUUCCAUCAUUCAGUAGAGAGGAGGCGACCGAGGAACUCCCCGGAGCCUUCGCAGUCACUUGGAUCUCAAGAAUUGGGGCAAUCCCCAGGUGGCUUGCUAGGUCGUCAGCCGAAAAGGCGCAAGGUCUCCAAGCCCCAUGAUGACCUUCGGCAUCAAUCACGACCUCUACCGCGGCCAAGUGUCGUGAUUGUAAAUUCGUCUCCUAUGCAUCGGAAUAAUGCACCGACCUUUCGUGUUCCAAGCUCACCACGCUCCGAAGAGAACGUCACUUCGUCGCCUGCCCUGGAACCCUCAAACGUGUUUCGCUUUCCCCGUGGCUUUACACCACCAUCAAUCACUGCCAAUGUGGUGCCGGGACAGGAGCCCAAAGAUCCAGAGGAAGCGGAUUCCAUGGAUUGGUCCGAGGCCGAAGCGGAUGAUGGCCUUGAUGAUAUUCAGUUCGAAGCAAGCAACACGCGAUCGGAUGCUGAGAAUGCAAGUGAAGCGGAAAACGAUCACGAUGAAGUUGCUGUCAGGCGGUAUCAACGGCGAAUCAAAGGGGUCUUACCGGCUUCGUGGCUAAGAAUAGACCAGAAGCGACAAGAAGAACGAUUGAGUGCUACGCAGCAACGUGACAAAGUGCCCCCGAGAACUGAAAACGCCAAAGGUGUUGCGCGUAAAAUAACGAAAAAGAGCGAUAGAGAGACACCGUCAGGACCAAACGCGCAGCUUACCUCACUAAGAGAGCUUGCUGACCCAGAUUCUGGCGAUGAGAGCGAAGACGGAAACGGUGGUGAAACGGCCACUUCGCACAAACUGCUAGCCAGUCUUGGGCUUGAAGAUUCGUUCAAUGACUAUGGCCCCAGAGACGAUAUUCCAGAAGACAAUCGCAUCGACUACAUGUUCCCACCAGUAUCUCGUGCCACUUCAUUUACGAACCCCCGAAAGUCAGGAAAGAAACGGCCGAUGACCGAGGGAAAUAGUACUCGCUCUGCUCAAGCACCUAAACGUCUUCGGGUCAAAAGACAGGCAAGACUUACUGAUCCCGGGUAUGGAGCUCAAAAGCAGAAGAGACCUACACCCCGUCUGCCUAAACUUGGUAUUUUGGAUGCACCAGAUGUUGCUGCUAGGCCUCGCAGUGAGCAACCGCAGUUUCUAAGGAUUGCUGCAAGAAAAGCACGUUCCCGUCAAGACAAGGGAAGACGAAGCCCCUCUCGGAAAGUCUUCAAUCUCAGUUCGCGUGUGGAUACGGAGGAUGCCAAUAAGUCGUUGCACGAGUGGCAAAUAGGACAGAUUCGACAGACAAAAUUGCCCCAGCCCCAGCCCCGACCUCAGGCUAAGGUAGCUCGGCGACAGCCGCUAACCGCUCUCUCUACGAACCGACCUAUUGUCUUCCAGGAAAGAGUGGGUAGAGGAACGAGCGGAAACCGUCAGAUUGAUGCUUCGCCAGCACCUCAAGCUGGAGAAAUCAGUGCAGCUGGGGAGCAUGCUUCUAAUACUGGGGCAGGCCAAUUGGUGAAGACCGCUAGCAUCUCCAGCAAGCCAAUGCAACCUGAGCAACGAUCCAACAAAUGGAUUGUUCAGAGAAACCUAACCAUUUCUUCCCUGACACGACAAGACCCGCGGCCUGCAAUGCUUGAGGUAACAAACCCUCGCGGCAAGCCUGCUUCAUCGUCUUCUUUUCAAAGGUCUCUCUCAUUGCUCAACCGGGACUAUCGACGUAAGCGGCUGCCCGAAGUACGACAAGGUAACUUGGUCCUGGACCGCUUUAUCUCAAGCCGCAGCUCAUCCCCUGCUCCUGCCGGACCCCAGCAUAUGGGUAUGAGCCGAUCUCUGGCUAAAUUGGAUAACAGACCGCCAGGUGUCCAGGCCCAAGCUCGACGACGUCAGACGAAAAAGCGGCCACCGAAGCGGCUUGCAGUCAAUGUCAUCCAAGAUCAACAACCUUCGGUCAUAGAAUCAACCGAAUUGGAGCUUCACUGGCAACCAGAAGGCUUGGCUGGUAGCAGUUCAGUUGGUGUACUGCACGGAUUCCAAGCAUCUUAUAAUAUAGAGCUCAACGUCACUCCCUUGUGCACGGGAACAUUCUUUCAGGAAAACACAUUUCUUGGAAGUGGGGAAUUUUCUCGCUCCCUUAAUAUCCUUAAACGCGACAUUGACAGAGAUGCCGGGCAUCUUUCGAUCAGAGUCGGAGAUAAGAGUUAUCGUUGGGGUGCAUGGAACGAUACCGUGUCUUCGGAGCUGGGAAUGGUCUUUGAAAAGAUGAUCGAGUGGGUUGAAGGGGGCGACGCAGGGCCAGCCGAGUCGCUGGAGAACAGCAAGAAGGAUGUCUGCAGCUUGUACAGGCCCGUGGUCAAGUAUGUCACAGAUACGCUCUCCUUCAUCGACCCCAUUGACAGGAUAGGGUUUGUGAGACGGGCCCUGAGCCUUGUCUGCAAGCUCAAUGAUACUCUGACGACUUCUGCCCCAAAAGCCGAGCGAGAGGUGGAGCUUUUGGCGGCGAUUUGUUCAUACAACACUGUGUUUACGUACCAAAUACUUCAGAUUGCCGGGCAUGGUCUCGUCAAUGAUACUGUUGCUGAUGAAGUGCUGGAAUCAUUAAACAGAACUGCCAAACAGGCCAUCACAGUUGUGCUAACCCCACUGGGGCAGGCCACUAUCCGCAGACUCUUUGCAGAAAUUGAUUCUCCUGAGACGCGCGACACAGGAAUUCCAAACGGCCAUUCUGUUGUUGAAGCCUAUGUCACGGUUCGUCAUAUUCUACGUGGCACAGACAAGCUAAAGGGGCGCCUCCAAGAGAUUCUGACGGAGGUCUACUCAAUUCACAAUGGGGAUCUGAUCAGCUUGACGGAUAUCAAUAAGUUAGAGCGAGUGUGGCACUGUAUAUUCACCACACUGCCUCUGGACGAACUUGAUAGCUCUGGUAUCGCUCGGAUAGGUUCUCGAUUUUGGGAGGCACACGGAAACUGGCCCAUAACUAGAAUACUGUUACGUCCAGUGCUAGAUUGCUAUGAGGCCACCUCCAUGACACAGCCGGUCUCAUACUACAAGUACUGCAGGGCUUUGUUUCACAGAUGCUUCCACCUCAUCAAUGGUUGGGGCUGGCGGGACUGCAAACCGAUCCUCGAUACACUGUACGAUUUCUUCGCGAAAAACACAUUGUACAAUCUGAAGCAUGAGGAAGGAUAUCGGUCACCUGCUUUUCUCGACGAACUGGACCGGAAUCCUUCCCUGGAAGUGCAGUCUGGAGACCCGUGCUUUCAUAUCCUGCUGAAAAUCAUCGCAAGUGGUUUGCGUUACCUGUCAAAAAUCUAUGACAAGAAGAAGACUCGCAACUUUGCGUGGCGUUUGCUACCGAACCAUGGCCGUGUUUAUCCCAAAGAGAAACCAAUUCACCAAGAGGAUUUGGAUGCUUUGAGGAACCACCAUGACCUCCUCUGUACAUUGUACUACGCUGUCCCUGAUGGAUGCCGACCUCGCAUUGAGACAAUCAAAAACCUUGUCAAUCCAGCCACUUCCCACCGCGAAACGUGCAAUAUCAGUCUGCGGUCAUGGGCUAGGCUUGUUCGCUUCAAGCUGUCGACAGAUGAGGAGGUUUCUGGCCUGGAAGCAUUUGCUGAAUGGCAUUGUUAUUUUGUCACCGAGUUGUUGAAGCAGCAUGCACUUGCACGCCAAGAGGUUGAAGCACAGAACACUGCGGACAACAAAUUCUCUGAUCAGCUGGUAGAAAGGACGAUUGCACAGAAUCAACGGCAGAUCGAGUCUUUGCUGAAGACUGCGCUCAAUGGUCUACAUAAUGCUAUUCGCUCGGCGCCAACAUUGCAGCAUGCUCACAAGCUCGUUUUAGGUGCACCUAUUAAAGCGCUACUAGCUCUUUUUAACCCCAGAGUUGCUCGUGUCAAUACGACCGUCUCCGAUGCCCUUGAAGUGAUCGUCGCUUAUAUCCAGAAGUGCAACUCUUCGCCAAUAGCCGAAUCAACAAGUGCUCCUGUAGCAGUUGGUGAAGAUAGCCAGGAGUAUGGGGAUUGGGCGGAUAUUGCAGCUGUAUAUGAUGAACCUCCUCCGACAGCUCCGGAAGUCGAGUAUGUGGAACGUGUCUUCCAUCCAGCUGCAUUCCGACUUAUAUCCAAUUGCUUUGGAGAGGACUACUGUCCCGAAGAUGCGAUCCUGCUCAACGUGGUGGAAUGCUGGACGUCUAUUGCCCAGACACUUGUCAAGCAUGGCUUACGACAUUGGGACAGUUACCUCAGUCCCUACAACGGCGACUCCUGGACAUCACUGCGAUUGACAACACAGACGAGAAAGUUCACACCUUUGUUCCUGGCGAGCUGCAUCGAGAAGGAUUCUCGCUUUAUAGCUGAAUGUAAAGUCCAAGCAAUCGGGAUGUGGCUGUCUGCUUUGGUCGAGCGAGUCUCAAUGUUGAAAUAUCAACACCGAUUGACGGAAGCCUUGCUAAACCACGAGACGAUGGACCCCCUUCUGCAAAAUUUGCCCUUCGCCAGAGACCGAAAGGAAGGGAGAUAUGUGAUUUCUCUUGAAGAUCUCAGCCAUCGCCGGGUGUCUCUCAUAUCCAGUCUACUAGCCAAUAUGCGUAGACAUCUACAAGUGCUGGAGGAUGUGGAUGCCCGAGAGCUUUCAAGUACCAAGCAGGAUCACAGGGAGAUCAUUCAGAAUAUGAUGUCGGCCAUGAAGGCAAACUAUCAGGAAUUGGGCAACGGUGCAGCCAGCGUCCAGGGAGCCUACGUGGACUUUGUACACCGGAUCGUCGGCUUCCUGCAACAACACAGCCGGGACAUUUGCCCCAUCGACCCUUUCUUUACCGACCCUGCCUCAUUCCCUCUACCUUCAGGGGACCCGACGUAUAUUGUGGCCCGGUUGAAGAGCUACGAGCCGAAACUCUCUUCGGAAAAGAUAGCAAAGACACUCAUCAUGUUCAUCCAGAGCGUUUCCGAGCGAGCGGCGAUCGACGGACAGCAGGAUUACCUCGUCAAUCAGCUUCACGCCUCUAUGGCUGAUACCUAUGAAUCUGGCCUUCCUGACAAACCUACCCUGAGGGCGACAUUGUUGCAGGCGGUGUUCCCGGUCUAUCUCGAGGCAUCUUUCAACAACCCGGCAUGCUGGAUUCUAAGUCGACCCAUCUUACAGACUAUUACGCUCGUCUUCCAGGAUCUCCUCUUCAAUAUGGACACCACAGAUGUCGCCUGUAUCGCAUCCGUCUUGAACAUCUUUAACUCUGUCUUCCAAGCAUCGCAUACCGUUUUGCUGAACACCACCAACAAUGUGACCAUGCUCAAGGAUUCCGCUGUAGCGACCAGCAUCGCUUCCUUCAUCAGGAUGAUUACGGCCGCCUUGCCAGUCAUCGACUAUAUAGACCGAGGAACCAACAUGGACCAAAGGAUCCUUCACCAAAUCCACUGUUUCUACCACUCUAUACUCUACGCCAUGUCCCAUCUCGACCAACCAUCGUCGACAACAGAUCUAUACGAUCUACCCCGAUCCACAGAAACCUUCGACACCGGCCAUACCAUCUCCUCCAUAGCCACGAACCCGCCCUUCUUCCACGAGCUCCGCCGUUCUGCAGCCCGCGAACUACAAUCCUACCUCAACGAGAGCUGGUCCCGAUAUCAGAAGAAAUACUACUUCACCCGACGAGGCGGGCACCAGCCACAAGAGAUCGAAAUCCAACCGUCCGUCGCCGUGGAACUCGAACAAUCACCACAACAGAUCCUCGGACCCGUGGUCCAGAACUUCCUCGAUGUAAUUCGGGGUCUUGAUCUCCUUGAUGACUUGGAACCUGAGCACAUAAGCGGGCCCACCUUUGGACUCCCCAGUCCAGACCAAGUAUCCACUACAGAUGUGCUCUAUACCCUCGACCUUGUUGAUGCCAUUGGUUACUGAUUGGCCAUGUCGUCCUCGCGGGACCCGUGAUAUCAUAUACCCCUCCCCCCCCUCACUCCAUUUAUAGAUGACGAAUUGAGUUGAAUCGAAUUGGAUAGACU